CUUUUCUUGACUCUGCAGUUUGAAGCAGAGACUCGUUUUCAUUGUGCCUGCUGCAGCUGGAACCAGCUUCCCUUUGGGAUCCCAGUGACCAUGGAAGGCAGAGGAAUGUUAGGUCUCACCCCCAGAACUGUGUGUCAGAGGCACGGGGAGAGCUUGGUGGUGAAGCAAGAGCCAGGAAGCCAGAGCUGGGAACAGGGCUGCAGCUUCCAGAAGACCUGCCCUCCUGUCUGUGAAAUCUUCCGGCUGUACUUCAGGCAGUUAUGUUACCAUGAAAUGUCUGGGCCUCGGGAGGCUCUGAGCCGGCUCAGGGAGCUGUGCCACUGGUGGCUGAUGCCAGAUGUUCACACCAAAGAGCAGAUCCUGGAGCUGCUGGUGCUGGAGCAGUUCCUGAGCAUCCUGCCCGGGGAGCUGCAGACCUGGGUGCAGCUCCACCGCCCUGAGACUGGUGAAGAGGCUGUGGCUGUGGUAGAGGAUUUCCAAAGACACCUUAGUGAGUCGGGGGAGGUUCCACCUCCAGUGCAAGAGCAGGAUGUGCAUUUAAAGAAGAUGAUAGCUCCAAGUGCAACAGAGCAAUCUCCUACCUCAGUUUCCAGUCAGGGCCCAGCCCCUGAGGCCCUCUUGGGUCCUCCCUUUGACCCAGGAGCAUACCACCUCCCCAGUGGACACUUUGGUAAGAACAGGAUAAGAAGUUCUGAGUACACGGCAAAGCAGGAUGUUUCUAAAGGAUCAGACUCAUUUGACACAGCCUCAGAGGGAGUCUUUGGAGUAGCCCUGGUAGAGCCUGAGUCUGGAGAUAUCUGUGAAGGUCUUUUAGAACAGGUAGAAGGGCAACCUUCAGAUGAAGAUGAGAGUGAACUAGAAAGUGAUGUAUUGGAAAAGAAAGAGAAGAAAAAUCCAGAAGAAGACAGAAAUGAGGAAUGUAAAGAUGAAGGGCAACAUCCAGAUCUGCCCUCCAUUCCUGUUGAGCAUCAGGGAGAAGCCCAGAGACAGAAGUUCUAUCAGUGUGGGGAAUGUGGACACCAGAGAGUCCACACCGGAGACAAACCCUAUAGAGGUAACGAGUGUGAGAAGACCUUCUGGCAGAUGUCUCAGUGCAUUGCUCACCUCAGAGCACACUCGGGGGGAAAGCCCUGUGAACAUAGUGACUGUGGGAAGACUAAUGGCCGCAGCUGCCAUCUUGCUCAGUCCCAGAGCCUCCCUAAUGGGGAGAAGCCGAGUAAGUGUGCUGGAUGUGCAGAAGCUUUCAUCCAGAGGUUCCAGCUCACUGAUCACAAGAGGACCCGUGCUGGGGAGAAAUCUGAGUGCACUGAGUGUGGGGAGGCGUUCAUGCAGAGGAAAAGUCUUAUCCUUCACAGUAAUAAGCUCUAUGAGUGUAAUGAGUAUGGGAAAGCCUUCUGUUCCAACAGAAAUCUUACUGACCACCAGAGAAUCCACACUGGGGAGAAGCCUUACGAAUGUAUUGAGUGUGGCAAGGCCUUUAGUAGGAGUAAGUGUCUUCUUCGACAUCAGAGUCUCCAUACUGGGGGAAAACCAUACAAAUGUAGUAAAUGCAGGAAAGCCUUCAGUCAGAACUCUCAGCUCAUUGACCAUGAACGAAUUCAUUCUGGGGAGAAGCCUUUUGAAUGCAGCGAGUGUGGGAAGAAGUUCAGCUUAAGUAAGUGCCUCAUUCGGCACCAGAGACUCCACACUGGAGAAAAGCCCUAUAAAUGCAGCCAGUGUGGAAAAUGCUUUAAUCAGAACUCUCACCUAAUGAUACACCAGAGAAUUCACACUGGUGAGAAGCCUUAUGAAUGUCAUGAGUGUGGGAAGGUCUUCAGUUACAGUUCUAGCCUUAUGGUCCAUCAAAGAACGCAUACUGGUGAGAAGCCCUACAAGUGUAAAGAUUGCGUGAAAGCCUUUAGUGACAGUUCACAGCUCAGUGUGCACCAGAGAGUGCACACUGGUGAGAAGCCAUAUGAGUGUCCUGAGUGCGGGAAAGCCUUCAGCCAGCGCUCCACCUUUACUCACCAUCAGCGGAUUCAUGGUGUGGAGAAGCCCGCGAGUCUGCUUCAGACGAUGUCUUACAGUGACGUCUGGGGGCAUCUGCGGGUCUGGAACGCGCCUGUUCAGCCGCUCUGGACACAGAGAUGCCGAGACCUCCGGCGGCUAGAAGGGCCCCGGGGACGGAGGGCGGGCCUGCCGGGGGCCCGGGGUACAGAGAUGCGAGACCUCCCGGUGCCUAGAAGGGCCGCGGGCGCGAGGAAGGGGAGCGAGCUCUGCUGCCGUCCGCCGCUUUGUUCUGUGCUUCGGCGAGGGACACGCGGCCGCCGUCCGUGCCUCGGCUCCGGGAGCGAAGGGCUCCCGCGGGGGGCGCGGUCCCGCGUCCCGGGAGGGCGGCCUUGUCCAGCGUCUCCUCUGCCUGCUGUGGGUGACUCAAGGAACGCGUGCGUUGAGCCCACAGAGGCCAGAUCUCUGCUGGGCAGGUGGUUUGGAGUGAGGCUGCUCACGGUGCCUGGGAAUAAGGAUGAGCGAGGUCAUGGUGAAAAGAGACAGUAUGUGUGUACUGAGUGUGGAAAAGCCUUUAGUCAGAGCGCCAACCUCACCGUGCACGAGCGAAUCCACACAGGAGAGAAGCCUUACAAGUGUAAGGAAUGCGGGAAAGCAUUCAGUCACAGCUCCAACCUUGUGGUCCAUCGGAGAAUCCACACUGGCCUGAAGCCCUACACAUGUAGUGAGUGUGGGAAAGCCUUCAGUGGUAAGUCACACCUCAUUCGGCACCAGGGCGUCCACAGUGGAGAGAAAAUAUUCGGAUGUAAGGAGUGUGGGAAAGCUUUCAGUCGGAGUUCAGGACUUAUUUCUCAUCACAGGGUUCACACUGGUGAGAAGCCCUACACUUGUGUGGAGUGUGGGAAAGCGUUUAGUAGGAGUUCAAACCUCACUCAACACCAGAGAAUGCACAGAGGAAAAAAGGUUUACAAGUGUAAAGAGUGUGGGAAGACAUGUGGUUCCAAUACAAAGAUUAUGGACCAUCAGAGGAUUCACACCGGGGAGAAGCCCUACGAGUGUGACGAGUGUGGAAAAGCCUUCCUGUUGAGGAAGGCGCUUAAUGAACACCAGAGACUCCACCGCAGAGAGAAACCUUACAAAUGCAACGAGUGCGGGAAAGCUUUCACUUCCAACCGCAACCUUAUAGAUCAUCAGAGAGUUCACACUGGAGAGAAACCUUACAAAUGUAACGAGUGUGGGAAAACUUUCAGGCAGACAUCUCAAGUCAUUUUACAUUUGAGAACCCAUACCAAAGAGAAGCCAUAUAAAUGUGUCGAGUGUGGGAAAGCCUACCGCUACAGCUCACAACUUAUUCAACAUCAAAGGAAACAUAACGAAGACAAAGAAACCCUAUUAUUUACCAGCCAGGGUGUUUACACUUGGCCGCGCUGGGUGCGUGUUCGCCUUGCGAGAACGGCCCUGCCGGGUGGGGCGCUGCCUCCGCAGCACCAGGCUCUGCGGAGGUGCGGGAGCGCACGGCCUUCCCGCUUCCUAGAGAGGCCGGCCCGCGGCCGGGAGCCGGAAGCCCGCCGCCGGGCACUUCCUGUCCGGUCAUUGUCUGUGCCGGCGGCUGCCGGGAGGCUCUGCAGCCUCCGUCCGCAGAGCUGGCGCUGGGCCGCCGGGCGUCCGCGGCGAGAGGAGCAGCUCGCUUCCACCGACCGUCGCCUCGCGGGGCCGGGAGGUAGCUCGGCGGGGCGGGCGGGGCUGCUGGCGGGAUGGGGUGGGGCGCCUGGGCUCGCGGCCCCGGCCUGCUCCGGCGACCGGCCCGCGGAGUCUGGCCCGAAGACAAUUGAGCGUGGGCACAUGGUAGAACGCGUCUCCGAGGCUUUCCUGCCAGGAAGACUGAACCAGAAGAUGACUGCAGAAUUUAAAGAGACCAUGGGCAGAUCCUCUUGGGGCCCAGUGAAGGUGAAAAAGGAAGACGAUGAGGAUGAAAGUGUCGGAAGUCAGGCAUCCAGCCAACAAGUGUACCCUGAGAAUGUCACUGUCUGUGCUCCAGGGGAAGGUCCUUAUUUAAGCAUUGAUGUGUCAGAAGGGGAGGACAAGGGCCAGAAGAUGUUCUGGGACAUGGCAGUGGUCCUAAAAGCAACACAGGAGGCUGCUGCUGCUGCAUCCCGUGGGAGCUACGCACUAACAGGGACCCUGGCCAAGAGUGAAGUCCUGGAGCCUCCUGGGAACCCAACCCCACUGGGUACUGAAACCAAGAACCUACAGUUAUUGGUUCCUAAAACAGAGAUAUGUGAUGAAGCAGAAAUGCCCUCCAUGAUUUUAGGAAGACUCCAGAAAGGUGACCUUCAAGGACCUGAGCUAGGAGAAUCCUGUGAGAAGGGAAACAUGUUAAAAAGGCAGAGAAUAAAGAGGGGGAAAAGAGAUUUCAGAAAAGUGACAGUGAAAGACUGUCUGUUGUCUGAAAGCUUCAAAGAGGAAGACCAGGAAUCUAAGAAGUCUAGGGGAAAAUACGGCCUUAGUUCUGGCCCUGUUAAGAAUCAGAAAAUACAGCCUGGGCAAAAGCCUUUUACAUGUAGGGAGUGUGGGAAAGGCUUCAGUCAGAGUGCAAACCUUGUUGUGCAUCAACGGAUCCACACAGGGGAGAAACCCUUUGAGUGUCAUGAGUGUGGGAAAGCCUUCAUUCAGAGUGCAAACCUUGUUGUGCAUCAACGGAUCCACACUGGACAGAAACCCUAUGUUUGUGGAAAGUGUGGGAAGGCUUUCACUCAGAGUUCCAAUCUGACUGUACACCAAAAAAUUCACUCCUUAGAAAAAACUUUCAAGUGUGGUGAAUGCGAGAAAGCCUUCAGUUACAGUUCUCAACUUGCUCGGCACCAGAAAGUCCAUAUAACUGAGAAGUGCUAUGAGUGCAAUGAAUGUGGAAAGACAUUUACUAGAAGCUCUAACCUCAUUGUCCAUCAAAGGAUUCACACCGGGGAGAAGCCUUUUGCCUGCAAUGAUUGUGGCAAAGCCUUUACCCAGAGUGCAAAUCUUAUUGUGCAUCAGCGAAGCCAUACUGGUGAGAAGCCAUACGAGUGUAAAGACUGUGGGAAAGCCUUUAGUUGUUUUUCUCAUCUUAUUGUGCACCAGAGAAUUCACACUGCAGAGAAACCUUAUGACUGCAGUGAAUGUGGAAAAGCCUUCAGUCAGCUCUCUUGCCUUAUUGUCCACCAGAGAAUUCAUAGUGGAGAUCUCCCUUAUGUGUGUAACGAGUGUGGGAAGGCCUUCACUUGUAGCUCAUACCUUCUCAUUCAUCAAAGAAUCCACAAUGGGGAAAAGCCUUAUACUUGUAACGAAUGUGGUAAGGCCUUCAGACAGAGGUCCAGUCUCACUGUCCACCAGCGAACCCACACAGGGGAGAAGCCCUAUGAAUGUGCAAAGUGUGGUGCAGCGUUCAUUUCUAACUCACACCUCAUGCGACAUCACAGAACCCAUGUUGUCGAAUAGCAAGAAGAGGGCAAUUCCCUGCUGUUGGUCAUAACCUACUGCUCCUGUGGUCUACUCUAUUCUUCCUUUCUUAAAACAAGGACUAUGCUCUUUAGAGUUAUUUUUCUGGAAGAUAAUGUAAACACAUUUCAGAAACUAAUUUAAAGACAAUAAAACUUAAACACUUAAGAACCAA